AUGUCGUUAAUCCAAGCUCAGCCACUACCACAACGAGAUUCUACCAAUGCACCUUCCAGAACGACAUCAGCGCCCGUCUCACCUUUGGUGAAGAUUGAAAAACAAUAUAGGGCAUUCCUGUCAAAAAGAUAUAUAUCAUUCGCAUGGAGAUCAGGAAUAUGGAUAACGUCAAUAUUAUCAUCAUCUAUAUUCUUAUACACAGGAUCAUUUGGUAAAAUACCUUUGGCCAUUCUGUUUUCAUUACCUGUUUUCGUAUCUCUAGCUCUAUUGCUGAGGGUUAGGAAAUCGUAUAUUACCCAACCACCAAAACCUAUCCCUCGAUCAACGAUAUCAGGUCUUAUCAUAUCUUCAAUAUGGAACGAAAGAUCCAUCACACUCUUAUUCACUUAUGCAGUUUACAGCUUGACUAUUUCGAACGUAUGGUGUACCCUAGUCGGCACUGACAAACUAGCUCUUUUCAAUCCUACUACUCGAAAUAAACUCGCUUUAAACGAAAGAAGGAUCGUCCUAUGUUCGUCCAAUUUGAUCCUCUUCCUUUUCUUGGGAAGCAAAGAUAUCUUCGGUGUCGGUGAUAAAUUGAGACCUACUUGGCCGCAAAAGAAGAUCCCAUUCGCUCGAGCAGUCCAAAAUUCCAUUUUUGAUAAUCUCACUUUUGACACUUCCAACUCAUUGUCCACAACGCUCAUAUGGUCAACCCUCGUUCCCUUUGCUUACAAGUUGGUACUAAGAAGCUAUGUUUGGAAAUGGGUUAAUUGGAGAAUAUGGGCUUUGUUCUUUCGACCAUUCAUUGGCUCUUUUGCGAGACCGUCCACGCGAGCUCCUGGUGCAUGGUCGUUAGCACCUCAACUACUGGUAUUGGAUCUAGUAGCUUUGAUAAUAUUACAGUUACCGGUGAAAGCUAUGAUGCCUUAUGUCACUCAACCUCUCAACUUUGACGCUUUUUACAAGAAAUCACCUCUGACACCUGAAAGAUACCUGAUCACCGCUCUCAAAUCUCAAGAUCCAUAUUACCUACAAUUUACAUUGAUGGAACUUUUACGAAUCUCUCACAUCCCCUCACAUCGAAAGGCCUUGUUCUCCGAUGUGUCCAAAUCUCCCAAUCUCAUCAUCGAAUUAUGGCAAGAACUUCUACUCCAACUAGGACAAGUUAACGUAUCGCUCUCUUCGGCUAUUCCAUCUCAAGAUUCACCACCAACCUCGUCUACUCCAUCAAGACCCAAUGCGCCAGAUCCUAGAUCAAUCCCGAUCAGACAAGCGGAUAUCUUCAGACCUAUAACUAAAAAACAAUCUACAUACGGGCUGAAAGAAGUAUUAGAUGGACCUAUAAAAUCGAUACCUCCGGCACCCAUAGCAAAAGCGACAGAAGUGACUAAUUUAGCCGUAUCGAAAAUCGAACAAGUACAGUCUCAAGUAGUGGGUAAAAUCGAAACUACCCCGAUUGGAGAAACCGUUUUAAAAGAAACUAGAGGUUGGAAAAAGGGUUUCUAUGAGUGGAUAGGUCAAGAUUGGGCUAAAAGAGGUCUGAAAAACAAUGCCAAAGAUUGGUUAUUAGCUCAAAGAAUAAUUGAAAUAAUGACCACUCUGGCUAUAGCAUCAAUAGAAGAAGAUACGUAUGGAUAUAUUCAGCAAGUGCUUCCUGCUUCCCUAGAAGCUAUAGUCCGAUUACGAUCAUCGAUCAUGUCGUUAGAAGCGAGAUUGAGCUACCAAGCUGGUAUUCUGGGUCAAGGGAGGGAAGGUGCCAUUAGAGAAGUAGGAACAGAGUUGAGUAUAGCUAGAGGGGCAUGCGAAAAUGCAAUCAGGCGGAUAGGAGAGAAAUUCGGACCUACGUUAGGUGCAUUCCGAUUCGCCCCUUCUAUAGCUCAAGCUUUGGGAAAUAUCUGCAAGUCUUGA